CGGAGGCAGCAGUUUGCUGAGCUAGGUCCUAACACAGCAGAGAAGUACGAGCCACCGUAUCCGUGCCAAAGAGCUCAGGGGAUAUUUUCAAAAUCCGUUUUCAUCCGUAAAAGUUUAAGGCGCAUCGAUUUUUAAAACGACAGGAGCAUAAAGUGCAAACAUCACACUUUCUUAAAAACUUCAUAUUGUCGCAAUAUGACUUUUUCAACAUUGUAAAACAAGAGGCGAAAGAUUGUCGGAGAGACUUCACCCAGAGACGGCUUACAGAAGAACAAAAAUUGUUGGUUGAACGGAUCUCCGGUUUCGACUGGUUCGUUUAAUUAUUCUACUUGUAAGCAAGUUGGAGGUUUGAAGCUGACCAUAUUUUGAAUAUUUUGGAGCUAGCGAGCCUGCUAGCUAGCCAACGACAAAUUUAUUAACAUGGAGUUGAGAGUCGGAAACCGAUACAGACUGGGCAGAAAAAUUGGAAGCGGAUCGUUUGGAGACAUCUACCUGGGUACGGAUAUCUCUGUGGGAGAAGAGGUGGCCAUCAAGCUGGAAUGUGUGAAGACCAAACACCCACAGCUGCACAUCGAAAGCAAGAUCUACAAGAUGAUGCAAGGCGGAGUGGGGAUCCCAACGAUAAAGUGGUGUGGCGCUGAGGGGGACUACAACGUGAUGGUGAUGGAGCUGCUGGGGCCCAGUCUGGAGGAUCUGUUCAACUUCUGCUCCAGGAAGUUCAGUCUGAAGACGGUCCUCCUGCUUGCUGAUCAGAUGAUCAGCCGGAUCGAAUACAUCCACUCGAAGAACUUCAUCCACAGAGACGUGAAGCCAGACAACUUCCUGAUGGGUCUGGGCAAGAAGGGCAACCUGGUCUACAUCAUCGACUUCGGUCUGGCUAAGAAAUACCGCGAUGCUCGCACACACCAGCACAUCCCCUACCGCGAAAACAAGAACCUGACCGGCACGGCCCGCUACGCCUCCAUUAACACACAUCUGGGCAUCGAGCAGUCCCGGCGGGACGACCUGGAGUCCCUGGGAUAUGUCCUCAUGUACUUCAACCUGGGCUCUCUUCCCUGGCAAGGCCUUAAAGCUGCAACCAAGAGGCAGAAAUAUGAACGCAUCAGUGAGAAGAAAAUGUCUACCCCCAUCGAGGUCCUCUGUAAAGGCUACCCCUCGGAGUUUGCAACGUACCUGAACUUCUGCCGCUCGCUGCGAUUUGACGAUAAACCCGACUACUCGUACCUCCGCCAGCUUUUCAGGAACCUCUUCCACAGACAGGGCUUCUCCUACGACUACGUCUUUGACUGGAACAUGCUCAAGUUUGGCGCCAACAGGGCUGUGGAGGACGCAGAGAGGGAGCGUCGGGAACGCGAGGAGAGACUGAGGCACAGCAGGAACCCAGGGGCCAGAGGCAUGGCUUCAGCUUCAGGCAGAGCGAGGGCAGCUCAGGACGCUGCAGCCCCCUCCCCCCUCAACCCCGCCUCACACUCAGGGAUGGAAAAGGAGAGGAAGGUGAGCAUGCGUCUUCAUCGUGGAGCACCUGUCAACAUCUCGUCCUCAGAUCUGACAGGACGUCAGGACACGUCUCGCAUGUCCACCUCACAGGCCCUGUCCCGGGUCACACCAAGCGGCCUCCAGUCUGCAGCUCCUCGGUGAAACCUUCCCUCCUGCACAUCCACUGAGGACGCCUCUACAUGCACCACCUGCAGCACACCCACUCUCUCACACACACAUUCACACGGAUUACCUGGACUCUCUGAUGACACGGACAGCUGCUCACCAAUGCACCGGUCUUCCUGUGCAUCUAUUCACUCUACGGGGGAAGAGAUGCACAGCCAGCAGAUCGCGCGUGUGUGGGUGUGUGUGUGUGAGAGAGAGAGAGAGAGAGAGAGAGAUGGGCAGGUGGAGACCUGUUUGGUUGCCUUAACAACCAUCUUGGCAAAAUAAAAGCAACAGCAACCCUACUUCCUGAUCACUGGAAGAUUUGAAAACUCCCUGCUGUUGAACAAGCCAUCCAUUCACUUUUCUCCUGCAUCUUUACUUUUUUUCUCCUGACUUUUGAUUUUAUUUUAUUUUUUAUCUUUUUAGCAUAAAACAUUUUCACCAGCUAAUCAGCAUGACGGCGGAGAAGGCGGAGCGUGUUAAACGUUCAGAUUUCCUUUGUCUGAUGGAGCCGCUCCAUCUCUGAGCUCAGUGCCUGAACUCUGUGUGUUCUGUAAAAUACUUCAACCCCCCCGCAGGUCAGGCAGUUUUCAGGUGUAUGAUCGGUUUAGGUAGAGCACCGUGAGCGGGAAAAGAGGCGCGUUUUGCUCAGGUUUUGCUGGAAUCAGGGCGAUGUGGUGAAUUCCUAAACAUGCGGCACAUUGAGUUGGUCUUCAAGCGGCGGCGGCGGCUUCGUGGGAAAAGCUGUGAAUGGAAGAGUGAGUCAGGAGCUCAGUCUGUCCACAACAAACUUCUGAUGUUUUCUUUUCAGCUCGAUGUGUAGUGAUGUGGCUUUGUCUGUAUUUGUGUGCUUUUUGUCCUAGUUUCCAAGCUCAGUGGUGGGGGGGGUGAACAUGUUCAUUUUUUUUAUAUGAAUAUAUAAAAGUCAUUUGCGAUUUUUGUAAGCUUUUAAGUCCACAGCGUCUCCGGCCUCGUCCUGUGUUCCUCUGCUGAGUCACACCUGUUUUUGUUUUGUUUUUUUCCUCCAAAGCACAAUUUGUCCAUUUUCUAGUUAAACUUCACCUUUAGGAGCAGAAAUCAUUCAUUCAGCUUAGAUGAUGUAACGUGACGGAUCCUUUUUCCUGCUCAGUAUUUGGUGGAGGAACCCAUUUAGUUUAGUUUGGGCAAAGUUAAAGGUACAUUUGAGGUUUGUUAAUCACAGAAAACCCUUUAAAUCCACGUUUAAAACGGCGGAAUCGUUUUAAAUGAAAGGUUUGGCGAUGCUGCGGUACCUUUCCGUUUACAUAGAAAAUGGACAGACUGUUGGAUCGGCAGCAUGGUGGAGGCACAAGGAGGUUUUAGGAGCUGUGGACUGAGUGUCACGCUGCAGGAAAUCGGUCUCCCGCCGGAGCUCCGGGCUUCCUGCACAUUUUAACGUAGGACUUCCUCGAUGUGAUAGACUGAUACAAAGUAUUUGUAGGCCAUUUUCUGUAGCUGAUGUGGGAAUGGGUUGUAGUUAUAACUCGUACAUGUUCCUUCCUUCUGUUGUGUAUAGAUGCGCCUGUUUACCGCGUCCUAGUGAGCUGCUGUACGCUUUGGGACGAGUCGUUUAUAGAGGGAUUGGGAAUGCUUCACUCCAUUAGGGCCUGUAAAGGACCUUUUUUCUUUCAGUAUAUAUUUCACUUGUGGACUUGAAAACAACUAAAUUGAUAGAAUAACUUGUUUGUCUCUCUGAUGAUGGCUAUGAUAAAUGAAAGUACACGUCUCCAUGGACUGCUUUUCUUCUACCACCGCCUGUCCAAUAAAGCUCCUAAGUUUCUACUGGAUUCAGGUCUCACGAUGUUUCUUAUACUGCAGAUUCAUGGGGAAUCUUUUCUUUUCACUCCCAUCUUAAUAUUUUUGCCCCUCAGUUGUAUUGCCACUGUAUUUGUGUAUUUUAAAAUUGUGUAAAUAAAUAAAAAAGAACUU